AGUCUGACACAAACCAGCACUGUAGAACAUCACUGUAGGCUGGGGAGAAAAGGAUAUUUUUCUGGAAUUUCCAACAAGAAGGGAGAAACAGGACCACAAAGAGAGAAUCCUAAGUGGUGCGAAAGCUGAGGAACCUGUCAGUGCGAGUCAUACAGGGAGGAGAUCCCCCCCAGAAUUGUUUCCAUCAAGUACAGUGAAGUAGCGGAGCAGAGAGAAGACAGUCACCAUGGUCGCCCUGUCGCUGAAGAUUGGCGUGGGAAACGUCAUGAAGACCAUGCAGUUUGAACCUUCCACCAUGGUGUAUGACGCCUGCCGCAUCAUCAGGGAGAGGGUCCCCGAGGCGCAAACUGGCCAGCCUAAUGAUUACGGAUUGUUCCUGUCAGAUGAAGACCCUAAGAAGGGGAUUUGGCUUGAAGCUGGGAAAGCGCUUGAUUAUUACAUGCUGAGGAAUGGGGACACCUUGGAAUACAAGAAAAAGCACAGACCCCUGAAAAUCAGGAUGCUGGACGGGACUGUUAAAACAGUUAUGGUGGAUGAUUCCAAACUUGUUGGAGAUAUGCUAAUGACAAUCUGCGCCAGGAUAGGAAUCACAAACUAUGAUGAGUACUCGCUGGUGCACGACAUUGUAGAGGAAAAGAAAGAGGAGAACUACGGGACCCUGAAAAAGGACAAAACACUCAUGCGAGACGACAAGAAGAUGGAGAAGCUGAAGCAGAAGCUCCACACUGACGAUGACAUGAACUGGCUGGACCACGGGCGCACGCUCAGAGAACAGGGCGUGGAAGAAACAGAAACGCUGCUUCUGAGGAGGAAGUUCUUCUACUCUGAUCAGAAUGUGGAUUCCAGAGACCCAGUGCAGCUCAAUCUGCUAUAUGUGCAGGCUCGAGAUGACAUCCUGAAUGGUUCCCAUCCCGUCUCCUUCGACAAGGCCUGUGAAUUUGCAGGGUUUCAAUGCCAGAUUCAGUUUGGAGACCACAACGAGCAGAAGCACAAGCCAGGAUUCUUGGAUUUAAAGGAGUUCCUGCCAAAAGAAUACAUCAAAAACAAGGGGGAAAAGAAAAUCUUUCAGGCUCACAGCAACAGCCAGAGCAUGACAGAAAUUGAAGCAAAAGUGAGCUACGUCAAAUUGGCCAGGUCUCUUAAAACCUAUGGAGUGUCAUUCUUUUUAGUAAAGGAGAAAAUGAAAGGCAAGAACAAACUGGUGCCCCGCUUGCUGGGGAUCACAAAAGAGUGCGUGAUGAGAGUCGAUGAGAAAACCAAGGAGGUGAUCCAGGAGUGGAACCUCACCAAUAUCAAGCGCUGGGCUGCGUCGCCCAAGAGCUUCACCUUGGAUUUCGGUGACUAUCAAGAUGGCUACUACUCUGUUCAGACAACUGAAGGGGAACAGAUUGCACAGCUGAUUGCGGGCUACAUUGAUAUCAUUCUUAAAAAGAAAAAAAGUAAGGACCACUUUGGCUUGGAGGGAGAUGAAGAAUCAACCAUGUUAGAGGACUCUGUGUCACCAAAGAAGUCCACCGUACUCCAGCAGCAGUUUAACCGGGUUGGUAAAGUAGAGCACGGCUCUGUGGCCUUGCCAGCCAUCAUGCGUUCUGGAGCUGGCGGUCCAGAGAGUUUCCAGGUGGGCACCAUGCCACAGGCCAAGCAGCACAUCACCAGUGGACAGAUGCACAGGGGGCACAUGCCUCCUCUGACCUCGGCCCAACAGGCUCUGAUGGGUACCAUUAACUCCAGCAUGCAUGCUGUGCAAGCAGCACAGGCCACGCUGGAUGAGUUUGACACAUUACCACCACUUGGGCAGGAUGCUGCCUCCAAAGCAUGGCGUAAAAAUAAAAUGGAUGAAUCCAAACACGAGAUCCAUUCUCAGGUGGAUGCUAUUACUGCAGGAACCGCAUCAGUGGUCAAUCUCACUGCAGGGGGUCCAGCUGACACAGACUAUACAGCAGUGGGCUGUGCAGUGACCACUAUCUCCUCCAACUUGACGGAGAUGUCCAAGGGGGUGAAGCUGCUUGCGGCUCUAGUGGAGGAUGAGGGUGGCAAUGGGCACAAUCUCCUUCACGCUGCAAAGAACCUCGCCUGCGCCGUCUCUGACAUGCUCAAGACAGCCCAGCCAGCCAGUACUGAGCCUCGUCAGGUCCUGCUCCAGGCAGCAGGCAAUGUUGGCCAAGCAAGUGGAGAUUUACUACAGCAGAUUGGCGAGAGUGAGGCAGACCCCAAAUUCCAGGACAUGCUGAUGCAUCUGGCCAAAGCAGUAGCCAAUGCAGCGGCUGCUCUCGUGCUUAAAGCUAAGAACGUGGCCCAGAAGACUGAGGACUCAGGGCUCCAGAACCGCGUGAUUGCCGCCGCCACCCAGUGCGCCCUCUCCACCUCCCAGCUUGUAGCUUGCACCCGGGUGGUUGCCCCCACCAUCAGCUCCCCAGUAUGCCAGGAGCAGCUGAUUGAGGCAGGGAAGCUGGUGGCCAAAUCAGUGGAGGGAUGCGUGGAGGCAUCCCAGGCUGCCACCAACAAUGAGCAGCUGCUGAAGCAGGUGGGCUCGGCUGCUACGGGGGUGACGCAGGCCCUCAAUGACCUGCUGCAGCACAUCAAGCAGUACACCACCGGCGGGCAGCCCGUCGGGCGCUACGACCAGGCCACCGACACCAUCCUCAACGUCACAGAGAACAUCUUCAGCUCUAUGGGGGAUGCAGGUGAGAUGGUGCGGCAGGCUCGCAUCUUGGCCCAGGCCACCUCAGACCUGGUCAAUGCCAUAAAAGCCGAUGCUGAAGGCGAGUCUGACCUGGAGAACUCCCGCAAGCUGCUUUCUGCAGCCAAACUGCUCGCCGACGCCACAGCUAAGAUGGUAGAAGCUGCCAAGGGAGCAGCUGCCAACCCAGACAGCGAGGAGCAACAGCAGAAGCUACGGGAGGCAGCCGAGGGGCUGAGGAUUGCCACCAACGCGGCAGCCCAGAAUGCCAUCAAGAAGAAACUGGUCAACAAGCUGGAGAAUGCAGCUAAACUGGCUGCUGCCGCAGCCACCCAGACCAUUGCCGCUGCUCAGCAGGCUGCCUCCACCAAUAAGAACCCAGCAGCACAGCAGCAACUUGUCCAGAGCUGCAAGGUUGUGGCGGAUCAGAUUCCCAUUCUGGUCCAGGGCGUGCGAGGAAGCCAGUCCCAGCCUGACAGCCCAAGCGCUCAGCUAGCUCUCAUCAGCGCUGGACAAAACUUUCUUCAGCCUGGAGCUAAGAUGGUUACCGCUGCCAAGGCCACUGCUCCUACCAUCAGUGACCAGGCCUCUGCCAUGCAGCUGAGCCAGUGUGCCAAAAACCUGGCAACCGCUUUGGCUGAGCUCAGAACUGCUGCACAGAAGGCACAGGAAGCCUGCGGCCCUCUGGAAAUAGACAAUGCUCUGAAUGUAGUCCGGAGCCUGGAGAAGGACAUGCAGGAAGCAAAGGCCUCAGCUGUGGAAGGGAAACUGAAACCCCUGCCUGGAGAAACGUUGGAGAAGUCCUCUCAGGACCUGGGAAACAGCACCAAGGCUGUGAGCUCUGCCAUUGCUCAGCUGCUCAGUGAAAUUUCCCAGGGCAACGAGAAUUACACAGGAAUGGCUGCCCGAGACCUGGCUCAAGCCCUGAAAGCUCUGGGCAUGGCAGCUCGCGGUGUUGCUGCCAGCACAUCAGACCCACAGGCUCGCAAUGCAAUGCUGGAUUGCGCCAGCGAUGUCAUGGAUAAAUCAGGCAACUUGAUAGAGGAGACAAAGAGGGCAGUGGCCAAGCCAGGAGACCCAGACAGCCAGCAGAGACUGGCACAGGUUGCAAAGGCAGUAUCCCAGGCCCUGAACAGGUGUGUGAACUGCCUCCCUGGACAGAGAGAUGUGGACAAUGCCAUCAGGACAGUGGGAGAAGCCAGUAAGAAGCUCCUGGCAGACUCGUUCCCCCCAAGCUCCAAGAGCUUCCAGGAAGCCCAGGGUAAUCUGAACCAGGCAGCUGUAGGGCUGAACCAGUCUGCCAAUGAGCUGGUGCAGUCUUCCCGGGGCACCACUCAGGACCUCUCCAGGGCCUCUGGGAAGUUCGGACAGGACUUCAAUGAGUUCUUGCAGGCCGGCGUGGAGAUGGCAGGACAGUCCCAGUCGAAGGAAGAUCAGACUCAGGUGGUCACAAACCUCAAGACCAUCUCCAUGUCUUCUAGCAAGCUCCUGCUUGCAGCUAAAGCUCUCUCUGCAGACCCCAGCGCCCCCAACCUCAAGAACCAGCUUGCAGCUGCUGCACGCGCUGUCACAGACAGUAUUAAUCAGCUGAUCACAAUGUGCACCCAGCAGGCCCCAGGCCAGAAAGAGUGUGACAAUGCCCUGCGGGAGCUUGAGACCGUCCGUGGCAUGCUGGAAAACCCCACGGAAGCUGUGAAUGACCUCUCCUACUUCGACUGCAUUGACAGUGUAAUGGAGAACUCCAAGGUUCUUGGAGAAGCCAUGGCAGGAAUAUCUCACAAUGCAAAGAACAGUAAGCUUCCUGAGUUUGGAGACUCUGUCAGCUCAGCAUCCAAAGCUCUGUGUGGGCUCACUGAAGCUGCUGCUCAGGCUUCCUACCUGAUCGGCGUUUCGGAUCCCAACAGCCAUGCUGGGCAGAGGGGACUAGUGGAUCCUUCCCAGUUUGCCAGAGCAAAUCAAUCCAUUCAGAUGGCCUGCCAGAACCUGGUGGAUCCAGCAUGCACCCAAUCACAGGUUCUUUCAGCUGCUACCAUUGUUGCCAAACACACUUCAGCACUGUGCAACGCCUGCCGUCUGGCUUCAUCCAAAACUGCAAACCCUGUUGCUAAGCGACAGUUCGUCCAGUCGGCAAAGGAAGUGGCUAACAGCACAGCUAAUCUUGUUAAGACAAUAAAAGCGCUUGAUGGAGCUUUCAGUGGAGAAAACCGCGAGAAGUGCAGAGGCGCGACUGUGCCUCUGAUUGAGGCUGUCGACAAUCUGACCGCCUUCGCUUCCAACCCAGAGUUUGCCAGUGUUCCAGCACAGAUCAGCCCCGAGGGGCUCCAAGCAAUGAAGCCCAUAGUUGUUGCUGCCAAGACCAUGCUGGAGAGCUCAACUGGGUUGAUCCAGACUGCCCGCUCACUGGCCGUCAACCCCAAAGACCCACCAAAGUGGUCGGUCCUGGCUGGACACUCCAGGACAGUCUCCGACUCCAUCAAAAACCUCAUAACAAACAUGAGAGAUAAAGCUCCUGGACAGAUUGAGUGUGAUCAAGCCAUUGAGGUUCUCAAUAGGUGCAUCAGAGAUGUGGAUCAGGCAUCACUAGCUGCUGUCAGCCAGCAACUUAACCCAAGAGAAGACAUUUCACAGGAGGCCCUUCAUGACCAGGUGGCAGCGGCAGUGCAGGAGAUCAGCAUCCUGAUUGAACCCAUCGCAGUGGCGGCUCGAUCUGAGGCGUCAGAGUUAGGACAUAAGGUGUCUCAGAUGGCAAGCUACUUUGAGCCUCUUAUCAUGGCGUCUAUUGGAACAGCAUCAAAGAUCCUGGACAGCCAGCAGCAAAUGAACCUGCUGGAUCAGACCAAGACGCUGGCAGAGUCUGCCCUGCAGAUGCUCUACGCUGCCAAAGAGGCAGGGGGAAAUCCUAAAGCGACCCACACACAGGAGGCAGUGGAGGAGUCUGUGCUGAUGAUGAAGGAGGCGGUGGAUGACUUGUCAGCCACCCUGGCAGAGGCAGCCAGUGCUUCUGGAGCUGUGGGAGGCAUGGUGGACUCUAUCACCCAGGCCAUUAACAGGAUUGAUGAAGGCCCAGACGGUGAACCAGAGGGCACGUUUGUAGACUACCAGACCACCAUGGUGAAGACUGCCAAAGCCAUUGCCGUCACUGUACAGGAAAUGGUUACAAAAUCCAACACCAAUCCAGAUGAGCUGGGCUCUUUGGCUAAUCAGCUCACAAGUGAUUUUGGGCAGCUGGCUCAGGAGGCGAAACCUGCUGCUAUUACUGCAGAGAACGAAGAGAUUGGAUCCCACAUUAAGAACCGGGUGCAGGAGCUGGGUCAUGGGUGUGCCACCCUGGUUACCAAGGCUGGGGCUCUGCAGUGCAGCCCUAAUGAUGCCUUUACCAAGAAGGAGCUCAUUGAGUCUGCACGCAAGGUCUCCGAAAAGGUGUCUCAUGUAUUGGCAGCUCUGCAGGCUGGUAACCGUGGUACCCAAGCCUGCAUCACCGCUGGCAGCGCAGUGUCUGGCAUCAUCGCAGACCUGGAUACCACAAUCAUGUUCGCAACAGCUGGCACCCUCAACCGAGAGAAUGCCGAGACAUUCGCUGAUCACAGGGAGAACAUCUUGAAGACUGCCAAAGCUCUGGUGGAAGACACUAAGCUGUUGGUAUCAGGGGCUGCGGCAAGCCAGGAGAGACUGGCCCAGGCAGCUCAGUCAUCAGUCAACACAAUCACCAAGCUAGCUGAGGUAGUGAAGCUGGGAGCGGCCAGCUUGGGAGCUGAGGAUCCAGAGACACAGGUCGUGUUGAUCAACGCAGUGAAGGAUGUGGCCAAGGCGCUUGGAGAUCUCAUCAGUGCCACGAAGGGAGCCUCAGGGAAGCCUCAUGAUGAUCCUGCCAUGCUUCAGCUCAAGAACUCUGCCAAGGUGAUGGUGACCAAUGUGACUUCGCUCUUGAAGACUGUCAAGGCUGUGGAAGAUGAAGCAACCAAAGGAACCAGAGCCCUGGAGGCCACCAUUGAGCACAUUAAGCAGGAGCUGGCUGUAUUCAACAGCAAAGAGCCACCACCUAAGACUGCGACACCUGAAGAUUUUAUCCGCAUGACCAAAGGCAUCACCAUGGCGACUGCAAAGGCAGUGGCUGCUGGGAAUUCGUGCCGUCAGGAAGACGUCAUCGCUACAGCUAACCUGAGUCGCAAAGCCAUUGCUGAGAUGCUGAACUCCUGCAAGCAAGCGGCAUAUCACCCUGAGGUGAAUAAAGAUGUGCAAACCAGAGCGCUCCGAUAUGGAAAAGAGUGUGCCGUCGGGUACCUGGGACUGCUGGAGCACGUGCUGGUGAUUAUUCAGAAGCCGUCCCAUGACCUGAAACAGCAGCUGGCCUCCUACUCCAAGCGAGUGGCCGGCUCUGUCACAGAGCUCAUCCAGGCAGCAGAGGCCAUGAAAGGCACAGAAUGGGUUGAUCCUGAAGACCCGACCGUUAUUGCUGAGAAUGAACUUCUGGGAGCUGCUGCUGCUAUUGAGGCUGCAGCCAAGAAAUUGGAGCAGCUCAAACCUCGAGCUAAGCCCAAGGAAGCAGACGAGAGCCUGAACUUCGAGGAACAGAUUUUGGAAGCUGCCAAAUCUAUCGCCGCGGCAACCAGUGCUCUGGUGAAAGCUGCCUCUGCAGCUCAGAGAGAGCUGGUGGCACAAGGAAAAGUGGGCGCUAGUCCAGCCAAUGCUGUGGAUGAUGGGCAGUGGUCUCAGGGCCUUAUUUCAGCUGCCCGAAUGGUUGCAGCAGCUACCAGCAACCUUUGCGAGGCAGCUAACUCGGCUGUGCAGGGCCACGCUAGCGAGGAAAAACUCAUCUCAUCUGCCAAGCAGGUGGCAGCGUCCACAGCUCAGCUCCUGGUGGCCUGUAAGGUGAAGGCGGACCAGGACUCCCAGACCAUGAAGAGGCUUCAGGCUGCUGGUAAUGCUGUAAAGAGAGCUUCUGAUAACCUGGUGAAGGCGGCACAGAAAGCAGCAUUCGAUGCACACGACGAUGAAACCGUGGUGGUGAAGAGCAAGAUGGUUGGCGGAAUUGCUCAGAUUAUUGCAGCCCAGGAAGAGAUGCUGCGGAAGGAGAGGGAGCUGGAGGAAGCUCGGAAGAAGCUGGCAACGAUCAGGCAACAGCAGUACAAGUUCCUGCCCACUGAGCUUCGAGAGGAUGAACAAAAUUAACGACCUGCACCAUCCGGAUAUAGUUAUAUAUUUAAAGAAAUACAAUCUUAUUCAGUCCCCAUGGGCUGUGAAACAAAGUAGAAUAUCAUCAGUACAUUUGGACUAUAGCAGGGUAUAUGAACAGAUUGAUUGCUUUAAAAUAGGUCAACAUUAAGAGAGAUGUCUAUUUUUACAUUUAGUUGAAAGUUGUUAGGUAAAACGUUGGAUUUUUUUUUUUUUUUUGCGCAUUGCUGAUUUACACCUGAU